AUGUCGAAACGCAAGCUGAACGAAAACGACGUUCCGGAACCGUCUGCCAGCUCUGACUCCYCGCCCAAAGCCACCUUUUCAUCUCUCGCACUCGACCCACGCCUACUUCAAGCACUCAGCAAAGAGAAAUUCUCCGCUCCCACGCCCGUGCAAGCGAAGACCAUCCCGCUCGCACUCUCGGGCAAAGAUGUCCUUGCGCGCUCCAAGACGGGGUCGGGGAAGACGCUCGCCUAUUUGCUGCCCAUUAUCCACUGCAUCAUCGGACGGAAGGCUUCUUCUGCCAACAAAAAGGCAACAACGGCUCUGAUUCUGGUGCCAACCAAGGAAUUGGCGGUUCAGGUCUGCACGGCGAUCAAGGAUGUCACAGUAUUCUGCGGAGGAGAUGUGAGGUGCGAGAACAUCACCAAGAAAGAGGACCUGGCGGUUACAAGGGCGAGGUUGAGCGAUUCGAUUCCGGACAUUGUUGUCGCAACGCCAACCCGCGCGAACCAGUGGAUCAAUCAGGAGGUAUUGAAGACGGAAGAUCUGAAGUUUCUAGUCAUCGAUGAGGCCGAUUUGGUUCUGAGCUAUGGACAUGAGGAGGAUUUGAAGAGUCUGUCGCAGUCGUUACCUGUCAAGAGUUUGCAAAAGAUCAUGAUGUCGGCCACUCUGCGAACAGAGGUCGACACGUUGACACAGCUCUUCUUUGGCGAGGAUAAUGCACCCGAAGUCUUGGAUAUGGGAGCUGAGGAGAAGGAUGAGAAGAAGACGCUCGCACAAUACACUGUCCGCACUGCCGAGGACGAGAAAUUCCUGCUCAUCUACGCCAUCUUCAAGCUACAAUUGAUCAAAGGAAAAGUCAUCGUCUUUGUGGCCGACAUCGACCGCUGUUACCGCAUCAAGCUAUUCCUGGAGCAAUUCGGUAUUCGAAGCUGUGUGUUGAACUCCGAGCUGCCAGUCAACAGCAGACUGCAUGUCGUGGAGGAAUUCAAUCGGGGCGUUUACGAUAUCAUCAUUGCUGCCGAUGAGGGCGAGGUUGUCGGAAAUGAGGAAGGCAAGGGCAAGAGAAGAAAGAUCGAAGCAGCAGCCGAGGCAGAGGAGGACGCUGACGACGUCGAGGGAGGAGCUGCUGUUGAAGCUGCUCCAGCUGACGGCGAUGAGGAAGCAAAGCCCGCUGCCGAAAAGAAGAAAAAGCCACACAACCGCAAGUCACGGCCAGCAGACCGCGAGUACGGCGUCUCCCGUGGCAUCGACUUCCGUCACGUUACAUGCGUGCUAAAUUUCGACCUCCCUUCAAACGCCAAGUCAUACACCCAUCGCAUUGGUCGUACCGCACGUGCGGGCCAGGCAGGCAUGGCAUUGUCGUUUCACGUUCCCAAGGAACUCUUCCGCAAGCACAAACCAACUUCCAUUCCGGAUUGUGCCAACGACGAUGCUGUGCUCGAAGAGAUCAUCGCUUUGCAGKCAAAGAAGGGAGACGAGGUCAAAGCUUGGGGCCUUGACUGGGCGAAACUUGAUGGGUUCCGCUAUCGUCUGGCAGAUGCUCUUCGUUCAGUGACACGUAUUGCUGUGCGGGAGACCCGGACGAAGGAACUCAGAGCGGAGUUGUUGAAGAGCGAGAAGCUGAAGCGCCAUUUCGAGGAGAAUCCCGAAGACUUGAAGCAUCUGCGCCACGAUACCGAGAGUCACACCGUCCGACAACAGCCGCACCUGAAGCAUGUUCCUGAUUAUCUAUUACCAAGUGGAGGAAAGCAGGCUGUCAGCAAGGAUGUUGGAUUCGUGGGGAUUGGUAGGUCGAGGGAGAAUGGCUUGAGGAAUCGGAAAAGCCGGGGAGGAAUGAAGGGAAGGAAGGGGAAGGGAUUGGAUCCUUUGAAAAGUUUCAACGCCAGAGGUAGAGGGAAGAAGUGA